ACAGAGCAGGGUGUUAGCUCUCAGUUAGCUCUCUGUUAUUAAUAACAACACAGACACACAGUCUCUUCUGUUCGUACAGACCCUUAACAGGAUUUAUUUUAAAUACAUAUUUAUUUUAUAGUACUUGGAUUUUAAAUGGGUUCUGUUUUAAACUGAGUUUUUUUUCUUUAUGUAUUCGUGCUUUGACACAGCCAAAGUCCGUCUGUUUUACUGCUAGCAGAUUUUCUUUAGCCACUUAGCACAGCAGCUAAUCUACUGUACUCUAUGUGCAGCUAGCGAUACAUUAGCAUCAGAGCUAGCCGAUAUGCUGCUCAUGCUAACGCCGACCGUGGACCUCAUCCAAUAACAGGUGAGCAUCACAGACUAGAUGAAGAAGUCAAGUCGGAGGGAAGCUCAGUGGAGAAUUCAACAUGAAGUUGUAUGUGUUCCAGGUCAAUAAUGGGAGCACGUUGACAUUUGACACCGAACUCGCAGUCCAAACUGUCUUGGACCUUAAACAUGCCAUCCAGGCUAAGUACAAGAUUGCCACUCAGCACCAGGUGCUGGUGGUUAAUGGUGGCGAGUGUAUGGUGGCAGAGAGGCGAGUGUGCAGCUACAGUGCCGGCACGGAUACAAACCCUAUCUUUUUGUUCAACAAAGAGAUGAUCUUGUGUGACCGGGCACCCACGAUCCCCAAAACCACCUUCUCAAUCGAGAACAAGAUGGAAGUGAAGGUGGAGGAGUCACUCAUGAUGCCUGCUGUGUUUCACACGGUCGCCUCACGGACUCAACUCGCUAUGGAAAUGUUUGAAGUUGCCAAGAAGCUUUGCUCGUUCUGUGAACAACUGGUCCAUGACGAACAUCUUCAGCACCAGGGCUGGGCUGCCAUCAUGGCCAACCUAGAUGACUGUACCACGUCCUAUCAGAAGCUGCUCUCCAAAUUCAGCACUGCAUACACUAAUUACCAACAGGAUUUUGAAGAUAUUAAAAUAAAGCUAACAAAGCUCGGAACUGCGGUUUCAGUCAUGGCUAAAGUCCCAUUGCUGGAAUGCCUGACCCGCCACAGUUACAAAGAAUGCCUGGAGAAAUCCUCCUCCCCCCAUCCCAGACCUGAGUAUGACACUGAUGAGGAAGGAGGUGGGGAGACAUCCACUCAGACUGCCAUCUCACGCUCCAGAGAGGGUCAGCGGAACCAGAAAUCUCCCACAUCAGGGGAACCGAUGGCUCAGGACAGAUUGGUAAGCAGCAGUGGCUUAAAAGAGGCGCUGGAGGAGGAAUCGCAACAGGAGGUGCAAGAUAAAGGAGAUUCUCCUACAUUUAACGUCACACUUUUGGACUGGAUCAAUGUUCAGGAUCGACCCAAUGACGUGGAGGCUGUAGUGAGGAAAUGUUUCGACUCCAUCAAUAGACUUGAUCCAAAGAUUAUUCAGCCAUUUCUCACCGAGUGUCAGGAAACGAUUACCAAACUGGAUAAUCAGAACAUGAAGGCCAUAAAGGGGCUUGAAGACAGAUUGUAUGCACUCGACCAAAUGAUCGCCAGCUGCAAAAAGCUAGUAAAUGAACAGAAGGAGCUCGCUCAGGGAUUUUUGGCCAAUCAGGAGAGGGCUCAAAACCUGAAGGAUACUUCAGUGCUGCCGGACCUGUGUUUGAGUCAUGCCAAUCAGCUCAUGAUCAUGCUGACCAAUCACAGAAAGCUGCUGGACAUCAAGCAAAAGUGCACGACUGCCAAACAGGAACUGGCCAACAACCUUCAAGUCCGACUCAAAUGGUGCUGCUACGUGAUGCUGCAUGCGGAUCAGGAUGGUGAGAAGCUGCAGGCGCUGCUACGUCUCUUGACCGAGCUGCUGGAACGAGUGCGUGUGGUGGAGGCUCUAAGCACUGUUCCUCAGAUGUACUGUCUGGCUGUGGUUGAAGUGGUGCGCAGAAAGAUGUUUAUUAAACACUACAGAGAGUGGGCCAUCGCCUUGGUUAAAGAUGGGAAGAACCUGUAUGAAGCAGAAAAGGUCAAAAGGGAAACAUUUGGCAAAUUGUUUAGAAAGUCAUUUCUCAGAAAUCGCUUAUUUCGAGGACUUGACUCUUGGCCUCCCUCAUCAUUUUGUACUAGAAAGCCUCGCAGAUUUGACUUUGAGCUUCCAGAUAUAACCUUGACUGACCUGCAGUAUCUGAAGACCUGCUGUCCUGCUGAAGUGCAGCCUUAUCUCAGGACUCCAUCAAUAUGUGACUUUGAGCAUUUGAACCGACAUACGGAGACGCUUCAGCAGCUAGUGCAAGAAGCACGGAGUGUAGAUGAAAUGUCGCAAACCAUCACAGAUUUACUAAGCGAGCUGAAGGUUUCCGGGAGCCAAAGUGCACAGAGAUCCAGCUCUGAAAGCCGAACAGAGACCACGCCUACCUCCUCCAAAACCCCACCUCCUCUCAGUCUACAGUCUCCUAGCUGUCGGGCAGUGUCCCUUCCAGCCCCCUUGGAGGAUUUGUCCCCUGACAGCAUAGAUGCCCACACGUUUGACUUUGAAACCAUAGGGCACCCGAACAUGGAUCCUAACGUGAUACAGCAAGGGUCUUUAGAUCUGGAUUCUUUGGUGGAGAGCCCAGAGUCAGACUUCAUGUCAGCAGUUAAUGAGUUCGUCAUUGAGGAGAACAUUACAUCACCCAAUCCGGUCAGCGAUCCCACAAGUCCGGAGAUGAUGGUCGAGUCUCUUUACUCCUCGGUCAUCAAUGCCAUAGACAGCAAACGGAUGCAGGACACCACCAUGCUGGAAAGAGAGAACUCCCGAAUCUGUACUCUUAAGAUGACCGUAGACAAGUACAAAUCGGCCGCAGAGGAGUCACAGAGCAGUCUGAGAACAGUAAAGGAUGACUUCUGCCACUUCCGGGGACUCAUUUUAAAAGAGCAACGGGACUUUGGCUUUGCAAUGAAAAAGUUCAGCGCUGAAGUUCAUGGUGUAGUCGACAAUGUAAGGUGCAGUUUGCAGGAGGAACUUACAGAAACGCACCAAAAUGAGCUACGGAACUUAAAAGAAGACCAUGAGAAGCAGAUCUUGAGGCUUACAGAGGAGUUAGAAGGCAAUCGCAACAUUGUCAGGGACGUCCAGCGGGCUAUGCUGGAACUGGAAGGGCUUGUAGAGAGAAAGGAGAAGGACCUGGCACAGAUGGAGGGUGAACGGGAGCGUUUGCUACAGGAUUUACGAAGCACCCACCACCAGGCCAUCCAGGAACUAGAAAGGAAACUUUCAGAGCAGACUGAUGCACUCCGGGAUGCUUUGCUGUGUAAAGACUCUCUUGCUAGCCAGCUGGAAAGCCUGCAUGUUGAAAUUGAACGUGGCCAGCAGAAGAUACGGCAAGAAUUGCAAAAUGCAGAGAAAAGUCAUCUCCAUGAGUUGGAAGCCCGUCUGAAACAGGAGCACCAAGCACAACUGGAGUCUUUAAAACAGGCCACCCAGAGUGCCCUGGAUGCCCUGUCACAGGAAAACCAGGCCAAACUGAAGGAGCUGAUGGUGUCUCACUCUGAAGAGCGUAAGACCCAAGAGGCCCGCUUUAAAGACUACGAAGCUCGCAUCACUGAGCUUGCUGAUGCCCGCUGCAAACUCGAAGUGGAGAUGGCACUCAAAGAGACAGAAAUGGAAGACCUUACCUUGCAAUACGAGGAAGCCAAGAACCAGCAAGCAGAGACGCUGGAGGCUGAGAUGGAAUCCCAGACGUCGGUUUUGCGGGAGCAAGUGGAAACACUGACCCGGCAGCUGCAGAAGAAGAACGAGGAGCAGGAGCAGGGUCUGGCCGAACUGCGGGCGCUCAUGCGCCUUGAGAAGGACCACUGCAUCUCAGAACUGGUAGACGGGCACGAGAAGGAGAGCACGCUGCUGCGCCACGAGUUCUCAGAGCUCAAGCAGAAGUCUCAAGACGCAGAGAAGGACUGCGAGGAACGCCUGCUUGAGGUUCAGCACCAGCAGGAGGACCAGCUUAAGGCCCUACAGAAGGAGCUUAAGGAGAAGCAGAGGAAUUUUGAGGAGAAGGAGCAGGAUUUGAUAACCACCAUUAGUGACCUGCAGGCGGAGAACACACUUUUGUCAGGACAGCUGGAGCGCGAGCGUCGGGAGGCUCAGAUGAGAGUAGAGGAGGCUGCCAAAACAAUGCUAAAUGAUGCCUUAAGGGACGUAGAGUUAAAGGAGGAAGAGCUUGAAACGAGAGUCUUCGGAGGAUUUAAACUACUUGAAGAUCAACUUGAAGGAAGACAAUCUGCCGACAAAGUUGGUGAUGCUGGAGACAGUGAGGUUCUGGAAUCGGCAUUACAGCAGAGGUUUGACAGAGAAAGAGCAUCACUCCUGGACAGGCUUGAGCUGCUGGUGAAGAGGAAGAAUGAGGAGAUGCAGAACAUGAAGACCUCGUUAAUUGCUGAGCAGCAGAUGAAUUUUAACACUGUACUAACACGUGAAAAGAGGAAGAAGGAGCAGAUCAUCAAUGAACUAAAUGAGAAGCUUAAGAUGCUGACAGAACAGCAGGAACAAGACAAAAGCCUGAUCGAAAGUCUAACUGAGGACCGUGCCUCUAUCCUACGAGAGAAAAAACACCUAGAGGAGGAGCUCAACCGCAUUAGAAGUUCUGCCCUGGUGUCUUCUGCCUACUUUGUGCCCAAUCCCAUGACUGUUCCUGUAGAGACACCUGGAGCUUGUGGACCCGCCCCUGCAGAAGUGCCGGCUCUGUCUGCACUGGAUACAGAGAGGCUGAUGUCUGUGGCUACACUGCGAACUGAUGAUAGAAUUGAUUCUGCUGUUGAAGCCAGCAUGAUGACCGUGCACGAUAACACAUUGAUGCUAUCAGAGGAGAAGCAGCGCAUACUGAUGUUGGAGCGAACGUUGCACAUGAAGGAAGAAGAGAAUAAAAGACUCAGUCAAAGACUGAUGUCCCAAAGCAUGUCCUCUGUGUCCUCCAGGCAUUCAGAGAAAAUUGCUAUUCGAGAGUUUCAGGUUGGAGAUUUGGUCCUUAUUAUUUUAGAUGAGAGACACGAUAAUUACGUGCUCUUCACGGUAGGACCCACACUCUACUUCCUGCACUCGGAGUCUCUCGGCCCACUGGACCUCAAGCCAGCAACUGGGAGUACCAGGCGGCCCUGGGUUCUAGGGAAGGUCAUGGAGAAGGAAUAUUGCCAGGCAAAAAAGGCCCAAAACCGCUUCAAAGUUCCUCUGGGCACCAAAUUCUACCGUGUAAAAGCCGUGCCAUGGAAUAAGAAAGUGUAAAAUUGUAAUAUCACUCUGUAAUAAGCUUGAAUGUUUUUAUUACUUUUUUUUGCAGAGAUCUUGCAUCAUUCUUAACUGUCUUAUCACAGACGGAGCAGAAGACAAACCAUUAUCAUUCUUCCUUUUUCUCUCUUUCUUUCUUGGCUCGCUGUGUCAACCCAUGUUUUCCUUGGUUUAUUCAGAGAAGGGGGGGGGGGGGGGGGUGUAAAUGUGGACCAAAUAACAGAUAACAGGACUUUAUUAGAGAGCAUGCCCCACUCACACUGGCUUUCCUGCCAGCCAUGUCUGUAAAAAGCUAACUGGAGGGUCUAUAUUAGUUUAUGAUUAUUAAUAAUUGAUUUUUGUUCAGUAGUGGGGAAACGCACUAUCAUGGAAUAAUGUUACACGCUUCUGAUCUUGACAUUUAUUGUAAAUGUGUAUGGAGGAAUGUUCACGGCAUGCAUAUACAUAUAUUUUCUUUAUCUCUCUGGAUGUGUGUCGUAGUUGGAUGUGUAGAUUCGAGUGUCUCACAACCAAGAAGUAUGUGUAUAAAGAAAUGCACAUUCAGAGAGACCGGACAAUUUGUGAGACUUGCAAUCUUUAAAAAAUAAAUGCACUUUCUGAGACGAGUUGCUUUCGUCGAUCUAAAAGGGAAGCAGCCGUGCUGUCAGAAAUAAAAAAAACAAGCGCGAAACGAGAAUAUUUAACAGCACGUGUCUUCCCGCUGUAGGAGAAUGUCCACAUGUAAAACGAAAUACUUCCUGUUUGUUGGUGUGUCUUUCUUGAAUUAAAUCAUAACAUUGUAUAUUAUUCAUUCAAUUGCACAAGUAACAAAGAUGACUGUAUUGUAAAAGAGGUUAGAGUUUUCAAACAAUAAAGGUUUGAUCCCAGA